AUGCCGUGGCUCAAGAGCUUCAAGACGGACUCGGUCACUAUCGAGGUUCCGUCAGGAAUUGCAAGCGAAAAACCCUCCCAAUAUAUCAUUCCCGGUCUCGUACACACCAACCUCACCUCACUCAUCAAGGCAGCUUUCCAGGACGACCUCGCUCAUCUACUCCAUUACUCCCCUUUCGAGCUGCACCACGAAGUGCAGAGCAAAGAUGGGACAGACCUUCACCAACGAGUCCACGGCGAGAUCUACACCUCGCCUGCAUUCUUAGAAGCGCACGAUGAAGUACGCCUGCGCUCUCUCCCUCCACCCGACAACCCAGACUGCAAGCUCGAGCGCACUGUCGCAGCGGUCAUGUUCGCAUCAGAUGCUGCUCACCUGACGAACUUCGGCACCGCCAAGGUGUGGCCAAUCUACAUGAUGCUCGGCAACCUGUCGAAGUACAUACGUGCCAUUCCCAACUCGGACGCCCUGCACCACCUGGCCUAUGUCCCUUCGCUGCCGCCUGAUUUCAACUCGUUCGCUGCUGAAAAUCAUGCGAAGUGGGCGACGCAGCACAAGGACAUCACUACGCACUGCCGCCGCGAGCUCAUGCAUGCCGUCUGGAAGUUCCUACUCGAUGAAGAGUUUCUACAAGCAUACAAGUACGGUGUCGUUGUUCGCUGCGUCGAUGGCGUCGAGCGCCGUAUCUAUCCCCGCAUCUUCACUUACUCGGCGGAUUACCCAGAAAAGGUGUUGCUUGGCACGAUCCGCGAUGGUGGUCUCUGCCCUUGCCCUCGCUGCCUUGUCGAGAAAUCACAACUCGACCGUCUGGGCACUCCUCAAGAUACCACUACCCGUACGGAGCGUGUUCGCGCCUAUCUAUCUCGGAAAGUACAACAGGCACGCAGCUGGAUUUACAAACGGGGGAAGCCUAUAGGUGGGACUCAUGUAGAUGAUCUCUUGAAGGAGUCAUCCUCGGUGCCGACCGUCAACGCAUUUGUGCAUCGCCUAGGCGCAGACCAUAAUUUCGAGCCCGCCAAGAUGCUCGUCGUUGACCUGUUACACGAAGUUGAAUUGGGGGUGUGGAAGGCGACACUCACUCACCUCAUACGAAUUCUAUGGGCCGCUGAUCCAAGAGGUGGUCUCGUCGAUGAAUUCAACGAGCGGUGCGUAUGCCUUGGGAUAUGA